AUGGACGUGACCUCAUCAUCCAACCAGAGCCAAGUCAACGGUCAAUGUGAACAUAUUGAUGAAUCAGGCCACCUCUUCUUUGCACUGGCCUACAGUCUGGUGUCUGUGGUGGGUGUGGUCCUCAACAGUCUCACCCUGAAGGUUUACUUCUGCUCAGCUCAGCAGCAGGUGUCCAGCAUCAUGAUGGUCUACAUGAGAAACCUGGCAGCCUGUGACUUCCUGCUCUGUCUCUACCUUCCCCUCCGCAUCAUCAACUACAUCAGCAGCUCUGUCACCUUCCAACUGGUUUACUGCAACUUUGCUGUCUUAGGAUUGUACCUCAACAUGUACGCCAGCAUCCUGUUCAUGGGUUACAUUGCUGCUAACAGGUAUCUGAAGAUCAUCUAUCCUUUGGGAAAUCACUUCCUGCGGACAGUUCAGGCUGCCCGCAUCAUCUCCACGGUAACCUGGAUUUUCCUGCUGGCCCCAGUGAUUUCGUACGUCACCCUGUCUCUCCUCACACAGGAACCUCUUACUGCUGUCCCUAACAGGUGUGAAAGCUUGCACAAUGCCCAGGUCCAUGUAUUCUACAAAAUCAUCCACGUUUAUUCCACCGUCACCUUCCUAGUCGUCCUCGUCUCCCUGGUCUUCUUCUACCACAGCGCCUCCCGCAGUGUGUUGCAGGCACAGCAGAGGCAGCUGGCAUCCUCCAGCUGCAAGAAGCUCAGGAGGUCACGCAUGAAAAUCUUAGUGCUGGUCAGCGUCUUCUGUGUUUGUUUCGUGCCUUACCACCUGGUUCGCCUUCCUUACGUCUUCCUACAGAGGCAGUGCUCUUUGAGCAAAGUGUUUUACUACCUGAAGGAGCUGACCGUCCUGCUGUCAGUUCUUAAUGUCUGCCUGGAUCCAUUCAUCUACUUCAUGUUCUGUAAGGCGUUCCGGUCCCAGCUGACCAUCCACAUUACAAAGAGGAGGAAUGAAGGGCAGCCGAGAGCCACCAACACAUUCAGAGUUCCUUUGACUGGAACUAAGGGACCAGGCCCAUCUCCUGAAGAACAACCUCACACCAUAAUCCCCCCUCCACCAAACUUUACACUUGUCACAAUGCAGUCAGACAAGUACCGUUGUCCUAGCAACCACCAAACCCAGGCUCUUCCAUCAGAUCGCCAGAAGGUGAAGCAUGAUUCGUCACUCCAGAGAACGCGUCUCCCAAGUGCAUUGCACUUGGUGAUGUUUGGCUUGGAUGCAGCUGCUCGGCCAUGGAAACCCAUUCCAUGA